GUUUAGCAUGAGCCAGGCAACGUGGAUGCGUCCCCAGGCUCCGGGAGGGAAGUUCUGGUUUGAGAGGACGUGGUGGUUGGGGUGGGGGCUGAGGUGGCAUGCUUGGGUGAUGAUUCGUAUGUCCCUUCUCCUUUCUAUCCCAAUUUAGUCAAAUUCAGUAACGAUAAUUCUAUAUCGUGAAGCUGUGGGAAUACUCCUUCCACUCCAGUUCCUCCCCCGGCUGAGAGCGAGGACACCAGCGCUCCAUCGCUGGCUCGGACGUCUCUUGAUCCUUGGCGUAAGCCUGGGGAACGUGGGUGGUAUGAUCGCAACCCGUCGCUCCUUUGGCGGGACGAUCACUGCUCAGACUUCGUUUGGGACAUUGGUUAUUAUUAGUUCGUUCUCGAUGUUUAAAGCUUGGAUGGCGAUUCGGGCAGGGAGGGUUGAUCGGCAUCGGGUUUGGAUGUUGAGGGCGUGGUGUCACAUCUGUUCCGUCCUGACGUUGAGGAUACUGAUGGCUGUCUUCUCCUUCGCGAUCGUUCAGGUCUCUCCCGACCGCUACAAAACGGUCAGCACUUGUGCAGAGAUAUUGCAUACCUAUGAAACGCUGUCAUGCAACUUCACUCGCUCUCUCCCUCGACUUUUGGCACGGUAUCCGUCGUGUGCGGAGCUCGGAGAGAAAGGUGGGAGAGAGGUGUUUGUUGCUGUUAAUGCGAGCUUAAAUAUCAUGCGGCCGGAGGAGAUCUUCUCGAUGUUGAGUUUGGUGUAUGGUGUUUGUGCGUUUUUGGGAUUGGUGAUUCAUGUGCUUGGUGUUGAGAUUUAUCUGGAGUGGUCGAGGGGCGAGGGUGAGAGGUUGAAGGAGGUGGCGAAGAACAGGGAAAGGGGGCUGGAGAAGUGAGGCUUUAGCGAGUUUUAUUAGGCUUCAGGUCCUAGAUUUAGCGAUGUGGAGGCUAGCCUUCAGCGCCAAGCCCCCUGAAAAUUAGCAGUCGCCCCCUGGAAUACCGGCGCUACAACGUUUUUGGGCGGGGAAACGAG